ACGACGUCAUGAUGUCAAGAAAAUAUUAUGACGCCAUAUUGUAUGUCGUUUAUAGCGACGACGUUAAUGAUUUCUCAGUGGAAACGCAAACCCGGACACAAAUAUGAAUUUGAAUAUUCUCAAGAUAGCACAUAUAUAUUGAGAGGAUUGAAGUACUUACCGGUCCUGGGACACGGGAGUGAAGAUGAUUCUAUUUUUGGAAUUCUCAAUGUUUAUAGACGAAGUUCAUUGCAUAAAUGGAAUGGUACCCGAAAAGAUGAGUUUCAAAUACUGCAGAAAAUUUCUGCAGUAGAAGGCGAACAAGAAUAUCAGAUCAACGGAGCAUCUGCUGAAGGAGUAACUACAUGUAUUACAAAUACAAGGCUAGAAAGAAUCAAACAACCCCGGCCAAAAGAUAUUCUUGUUCAUAACAUGUUAAAAAGAUGGUCAAACACCGAGGAUCCACUAUACGAAAAGAUAAAGUUUUUAGAUUCGGGAGCCGAAGGCCAACUGAUGUUAGCGCGAUCAAAGAUAGCAGGAGCCAAUGGUCAAGUCGCAGUAAAAGUCACAGAGCUAGACACAGCAGACAAAGAUAAUCUUAUAAAUGAAAUUAGUAUUCUCAGAAAAGUGAAUCAUAAAAAUAUUGUGCAAUUUUUAGAUGUGUUUUUCGCUGGUGUCGUAAAAAACGUUUGGCUGGUUAUGGAAUUUAUGUCGAGAGGAUCUUUGGCUAGAGUGCUUGAGCAAUAUGUGUUUGAAGAAAAACAUACUGCUUAUGUGUCAAAAGAAAUUUUAGCAGGACUAGAAUAUUUACAUAGUGGAAACAUUGUACACAGAGACAUUAAGGGUGAUAACGUUCUUUUAGACGGACAUGAUGGAGUUAAGAUUGCUGACUUCGGGACAAGUCGUGUACUUAAAGGCAGUAAGAUGAGACAAGAGAGAGUUGGGACACCUCAUUGGAUGGCACCGGAAAUAAUUGCAAGGAAACCCUACAGUUUUAAGGUGGAUAUUUGGAGCUUUGGUAUCACUAUAAUUGAAAUGAUCCAAGGCAAACCUCCAUAUAUCAGAAAUACUGCAAAAGAGGCUAUGGAACUCAUUGGAAAGAAUGGUAAACCAAAAAUAAAGGACUUUACCAAUUCAUCAAAAGAACUGAAGGUCUUUCUACACAGAUGUUUGGAAACUGAUGUAAAUAAGAGAGCGAGUGCGUUUCAGCUCACGAAACAUCCGUUCAUGUCUAGGCGGGAGCUACAUCAACCAUUAUUUCCACCGGACUGAUUUAAAUCUUUGUUUUACAUUGUUUUUUAUGAUGCUUAGAUUUAUUUUUUUGAAUUGUUAUAGUGUUUAUAUUUUGAACUAUGUUUAUUGUUGAUGUGUAAUAAAUAUAUUUCAUACCAUAAUUAUAACAUGAUUUUUGAUUAAACUGUUUUCUUUAAAGUCA